UAUUUAGAAAAGUAGAUGCAUAGUGAUUGUAGCUGAAACAAAAUGAGUUUACCAGAACAAAGGUCAACAGUUGAGGUAGGGAUAGAAGAAAAAGAAGGAGGAGUGAGUGGUAAAGGAACAUGGAAGCACGCUGCUUUCCAUGUUGCUACUACAAUUGCUACCCCUGCAGCUUAUGCUCCUUUGCCUUUUGCUCUUGCUUCUCUCGGUUGGCCUCUUGGUGUGAGUAGUUUGGUGAGUGCAACACUAGCCACUUGGUACUCUAGCAUUUUGAUCGCUUCACUGUGGAAAUGGAAUGGGGAGAAGCACCUUACCUAUAGACAUCUUGCACACAGUAUUUUUGGAUUCUGGGGGUAUUGGUCUAUUGCCUUAUUCCAGCAAAUAGCUUCUCUAGGAAAUAACAUUGCUAUCCAAAUUGCUGCUGGUAGCAGCCUUAAGGCAGUUUACAAGCAUUAUCAUGCAGAUGGAAAAUUGAGCCUGCAACAUUUUAUUGUUUUCUUUGGAAUCUUUGAACUGUUACUUUCUCAACUUCCUGAUAUCCACUCAUUGAGAUGGGUUAAUGCAUUGUGCACUUUUAGCACGAUUGGAUUUGCUGGUACAACCAUCGGUGUUACCAUAUACAACGGGAAGAAGAUUGACAGAACAUUGGUAAGUUAUAGUUUGCAGGGUAGUUCUGCAUCUAAAUCCUUCAAAGCCUUCAAUGCCCUUGGAACUAUUGCCUUUUCAUUUGGGGAUGCUAUGCUACCAGAAAUACAGAAUACAGUGAAAGAACCUGCAAAGAAGAAUAUGUAUAAAAGCAUAUCAGCAGCAUACACUGUGAUAGUUUUGAGUUACUGGCAGUUGGCUUUCUGUGGAUAUUGGGCUUUUGGAUCACAAGUCCAACCUUACAUUUUAGCUUCUCUUUCCAUUCCAGAAUGGACUGUUGUUAUGGCAAAUUUAUUUGCAGCUAUUCAAAUAUGUGGAUGCUUUCAGAUUUAUUGCAGGCCAACGUAUGCCUAUUUUGAGGGAAGGAUAGAAUCCAGCAAAUCAACUAGCAAUUUUCCCCUAAAAAAUCAACUGACAAGACUUUUUUUAACUUCCAUAUACAUGAUUCUUGUUACUCUUAUUGCUGCAGCUAUGCCUUUUUUUGGGGAUUUUGUGUCCAUUUGUGGGGCAAUUGGGUUUACUCCUUUGGACUUUGUGUUUCCUGCUUUAGCAUACCUUAAAGCUGGAAACAUAUCAAAGAACUCAAAACUUGGCCUUUUGAUGAAGCCAUUAAAUAUUUUAUUAGCUACUUGGUUCUCAGUUGUUGCUAUCUUGGGUUGCAUUGGUGCAGUAAGGUCUAUAGUGGAAGAUAUCAAGAACUACAAAUUCUUCCAUGAUAUGUAAAAGAAAUGUACACCAACAUGAUAAUAUGAUACAGGUUGAUAUCUUGCAAUUUUUGUUUCUUUCUUUUCUUAUCUUUACAUAUAGAAUUCACGUGU